AUGGAUAGUAUAGAAGAACCUCAAAGAAAAGUCUUUAAGGCUCGAAAAACAAUGAGAGUGAGUGAUCGUCAGCAACUGGAAGCAGUGUACAAGGUCAAGGAAGAGCUGUUGAAAACUGAUGUCAAGCUGUUAAAUGGCAACCAUGAAAAUGGAGAUUUGGACCCAACCUCACCUUUGGAAAAUAUGGACUAUCUUAAUGACAAGGAAGAGGUGAAUGGCAUUGAGGAUCUUUGUUAUGACCCUGAGAAAAGUAAAGCAGAAUGGAAAGAAACACCCUGUACCUUAAAUGUUCAUGUAAAAAGCAAGCAGGAUGAUGACUUAAAGUGUGAACCUUUGUCUGCAAAUAAUGUAAGUCCAGAUCUAGCCCCUAAACUGGCUACUGAACCAUCUUCUGGUGAUUCAGCUUCUGAUCUGGCUACUGGAGGUCUGGAGUCUGGAGAUUCUGUCUCUGGAGACCUGGCCUCUGAAGCAUUAACCUCUGGUGAUCCUGCUUCUGGUGACCCUAUCUCUGGCGAUCUUGCCUCUGGUGGAAUAGGCUCCAGUGAACUGGUCUCCAGUGAGCCAGUUUCUAAUGAACUGGUCUCCAGUGAACCAGUUCCUGGUGAGUCGGUCUCCACUGAACCAGUCUCCAGUGAUUCAGCGUGUGAUGAUCCGGCCUCUGGUGAUCUUGCCUCUGAAUCACUGGCCCCUGAUGAUCCAGGCUCUGGUGAUCUGACUUCUAGUGAUCCAGCUUUUGGUGAUUCAGCCUCUGGUAAUCCAGCCUCUGGUGAACCAACUUCUGAUGAACCAACUUCUGAAACAGCCUUUGACCCCACCUUUGACCCAAGUUCGGUACCAGCCUGUGAACCAGUUCCUGAAACUGAUAGUACACAGCCCAGUAGCAAUAAAGGUGAUGAUCUUCUUCAACAAAAUAGAGACAAUGAAAAGUUAGAUCAAAUUUUCUCAUUUGAUGAGAAAAAUAAAGCUGAUAGUAAUAGUGAUGCUGAUGCAGAAGCUCUCGAAACAGAUGAUGCAAUUAUUUGUUCAGAUCUGUCUCCUGAAAAGAAGUUAGAAGAAGAUGCAAUCACAGAAUCUGCCGUUGGAGAGGAGGCUAUAUCUAGCAGUGUGGAGAUUGACCAAAGCGAAAAGAAGGAAGAAGAAAAUUCUGCAGACCUUAUAGAAACCAUUCGUGAAGAUGUUAUAAAGGAUGACAAAAAUGACAAUAUCCUAGAAAAUACAGAUUCUAUGGAGACUGAUGAAAUCAUUCCUAUUUUGGAAAAGCUUGCACCUGCUGAAGAUGAACUCACUUGCUUUUCUAAAGCUUCUCUCCUUCCAAUUGAUGACUCAAGUCCAGAUUUGGAAGAAAAGAUGGAAGGUUCUUUUGGUUCACCAUCUAAACAAGAAAGUAGUGAGAGCUUGCCAAAAGAAGCCUUUUUGGUCCUCUCUGAUGAAGAGGAUAUUUCGGGUGAAAAGGAUGAGUCUGAAGUUACAUCACAAAAUGAGACAUGCUCUCCAGAAGUAGAAAGCAAUGAAAAGGACAGCAAACCUGAGGAAGAAGAGCAAGUAAUACGUGAAGAUGAAAGACCUUCUGAGAAAAGUGAAUUCUUUAGAAGAAAACGUUCAAAGUCAGAGGACAUGGACAAUAUACAGUCCAAACGCCGUCGAUAUUUGGAAGAGGAAUAUGAGGCAGAAUUUCAAGUAAAGAUUACAGCCAAAGGAGAUAUAAACCAGAAGCUACAAAAGGUUGUACAGUGGUUGCUGGAAGAAAAAUUGUGUGCACUGCAGUGUGCUGUAUUUGAUAAGACAUUGGCAGAAUUGAAAACACGAGUGGAAAAGAUUGAGUGUAAUAAGAGGCAUAAAACAGUUCUUGCUGAACUACAGGCCAAGAUAGCCAGGUUAACGAAACGCUUUGGAGCAGCCAAAGAAGAUCUUAAGAAAAGACAAGAAAACCCACCAAACCCACCUGUAUCACCAGGAAAGUCUGUAGUUGAUGUCAUCAGCAAUAACAGUGUGCCCUACAGAAAUACAAACACGGUGAGACAGAUGUUGGAGUCCAAAAGAAACAUAAGUGAGAGCGCACCGCCAUCUUUUCAAACCCCUGUGAAUACAGUACCUUCAACCAGUCUCGUCACUCCUCCAACAGUUGUCAGUAGUCAACCUAAACUGCAGCCUCCAGUGACUUCAGGUUCUCUGACUGCCACGUCAGUUCUUCCUGCACCCAACACAGCUACAGUAGUUGCUUCUACUCAGGUGCCUAGUGGAAAUCCCCAGCCUACAAUCUCUUUACAGUCUUUACCAGUGAUUUUACAUGUACCUGUUGCUGUAUCCUCACAGCCUCAGCUCCUUCAGAGCCAUCCAGGGACUUUAGUGACCAAUCAACCAUCAGGCAACGUUGAAUUCAUUUCUGUACAAAGCCCACCUACAGUGAGUGGUCUUACCAAAAAUCCGGUGUCUUUGCCAUCAUUGCCAAACCCCACGAAACCAAACAGCGUUCCUUCUGUGCCCAGUCCUAGUAUUCAAAGGAAUUCUCCUGCCAGUGCUGCACCGUUAGGAACAACACUUGCUGUCCAGGCUGUUCCCACAGCACACUCUAUUGUCCAGGCCACAAGGACUUCUUUACCUACAGUAGGCCCAUCAGGACUCUACAGUCCAUCAAAUAAUCGAGGUCCUAUACAGAUGAAAAUCCCAAUUUCUGCUUUUAGUACUUCAUCUCCUGCAGAACAGAGCAGCACUACCACCACAAGAACUGAAAACCAGACAAACAAAACAGUAGAUGCUUCUGUUAAUAAGAAAGCAGCUGAUAGCACAUCACAGAGUGGAAAAGCCACAAGCAGCGAUUCAGGUGGUGUCAUUGAUCUCACAAUGGAUGAUGAAGAGAGUGGAGCUUUACAAGACCCUAAAAAGGUAAAUCAUACCCCUGUGUCAACCAUGAGUUCUUCUCAGCCUUUAUCUCGACCAUUGCAACCCAUCCAGCCAGCACCGCCUCUUCAGCCAUCUGGAGUGCCAACAAGUGGACCAUCUCAGACAACGAUACACUUACUACCUACAGCUCCAACCACCGUGAAUGUAACACAUCGUCCAGUAACUCAGGUGACCACAAGACUCCCUGUACCUAGAGCUCCUGCAAACCACCAGGUGGUUUAUACAACCCUCCCUGCACCAACAGCUCAGGCUCCCCUGCGAGGAACUGUUAUGCAGGCUCCUGCUGUUCGGCAGGUCAAUCCCCAAAACAGUGUUACAGUUCGAGUGCCUCAAGCAACUACAUAUGUUGUAAACAAUGGAUUAACCCUGGGAUCAACGGGACCUCAGCUCACAGUGCAUCACCGACCACCACAAGUGCAUACUGAGCCCCCGCGCCCUGUGCACCCAGCGCCCUUACCGGAAGCCCCGCAGCCACAGCGCCUGCCCCCUGAAGCUGCCAGCACGUCUCUGCCUCAGAAGCCUCACUUGAAGUUAGCACGAGUUCAGAGUCAAAAUGGCAUUGUACUGUCCUGGAGUGUUCUGGAGGUGGACAGGAGCUGCGCCACCGUUGACAGCUACCACCUGUACGCAUACCACGAGGAGCCCAGUGCCACUGUCCCCUCACAGUGGAAGAAGAUUGGCGAAGUCAAGGCGCUCCCCCUGCCCAUGGCGUGCACUCUCACCCAGUUCGUGUCUGGCAGCAAGUACUACUUUGCAGUGCGAGCCAAGGACAUUUACGGGCGUUUUGGGCCUUUCUGUGACCCUCAGUCAACGGAUGUGAUCUCUUCUUCGCAGAGCAGUUAA